AUGACUGCGACAAAAGUUACAUCCUAUGCCGCUGGGCUCGACACUCCUGAACUUCAAAAGCUGACAGCAAAACAUACGCAGCUCCUUGACACUGUUGACACCUUGAGAGGUAAUAAUCUUGGGAAAUAUGUUGAAAUACCACAGAUUGUUGUUGUUGGUGAUCAAUCAUCAGGAAAGAGCUCGGUGCUUUCCGCCAUCUCGCAAGUCCAAUUUCCUGCUAGGGGCAACAUUUGCACACGUUUUGCUACAGAGCUCUCUCUACGAGUUGCCGAUGAGCCAAAGCUGGAAGCAACCAUACGAGCCCACGAGGAUGAAACUGAGGAUAUCAAAGAACAUCUUGGCGCAUUUAAAAUAACCCAAACUGAGUUCGACAAAUUGCCAGAAAUAAUUGAGGCUGCUUCCAAGCAUAUGCACAUCGCAGAAGGCCAGAAUUUCUACUCGCGACAUACCUUGAGCAUCAAAAUUUCUGGCCCAAGCGUUCCGCAGCUAACUCUUGUCGAUCUUCCCGGGUUUUAUACCUUUGGUCGCGAUAACCAACCAAUCGAAUUUGCUGAGGUCGUAAAAGAGCUGGCGAAGGAAUACAUGGAAAACAAGAAUAGCAUUAUCCUCGCAGUAAUCGCUGCGUCUUACACCACGGCAAACCAGCGAAUCCUCGAGCUAAUAAAGCAGUCGGACUUUUCUGAACGAGCACUUGGAAUUAUAACGAAGCCGGACCUCAUGCCUCGUGGUGGUGACUCUGAGGCCGAAAUUCUCGAUCUCCUCAAAAAUCGUGGCUCGACCUUUAUGAGGUACGGGUGGCAUGUUCUUCGUAAUAUUGGCGAAGGAGAAGCUAUGGACUUUGAAGAACGGGAUGCACAAGAAGAAGUCUACUUUGCGCAAAAGCUAUGGAGGAACAUUCCGCAGAAUGAUAGAGGAAUUGCGACACUUCGCAAAAAGCUAUGUGAUGUGCUCCUUAUGCACAUCGCCGAGAAGCUUCCACUGGUUGCCAAACGAAUUGACGAACUCGUGGAACAAUAUGAUCACAAGGUUACCGAACUCCCAGAAGCGCGGGAUGAAAUUAAUGGAUGCCAGCGGUACCUACUUCGCCUGACGGAAAAGUUUGCUCAAAUCACACGCCAGGUCACCGGUGCAACUAGCAUGACGUUUGACUUUGACAUUGCAGCGCAAGGGGAUCUAACGGAAGCGGCGUCCGCGUCCAUGGAAAAAAGGAACCUACGAGCGCGAGUUCGAGAUAUGAAUAAAGAUUUCGUAAUGGCCAUGUUAUUAUGUGGAUCUAAACAUAUUGUCCAAUGGCGGGAUCCUCAGGAUGCCUCUGCAUGGAUCCAACCUGUGACUGGAGAUGUCCAGAGCCGGAUUGUUCAGAGAUACGGGUUGUCGCCAUCUAUUCAAAUUACCCAGGAAGAGUUUGAAAAGUAUGUGGACCGACUGGCAACCCUAAUAAGAGCCAACGAGCUCCCAGAUGAUGCAACAGCGAAACUCGUAAUGCCAAUAUUUUUUGAGCAGUCUCAGCCAUGGGGAGCUCUUGCUAAUCGCCAUGCGGACAUGGUCUUGGAAGAGACUCAGACCGUGGUGGGAGACAUCUUGAAAAGCAUUACCGAAAAUGACGAGUCAACCCGCGCUAAUAUUACUGACACCUUCAUCAAGCCGUUUUUUACAAAAAGGCGCAAGGCGCUUUAUAAGAAAAUACAGGAGCUUCUUCCGCUUCAACAUGCAUCACGAUAUCCCGUGGCGGUCGAAUUACUCUAUCAGUAUAAAUUAAGCAAACGGCAAGAAAAACGUCGUAAAAGGCUAGAGCUAAAGCAGAUGGAACAACAAGACACCAGCAUACAAAUCCCAUCACAAGCAAAUAAUCCUCAGGCUGUCAAACAUAUCACCACUGUUCCGGAGGCGGGUCGUACGACCAGUGUACUUGACGGAAUGAUGGUGUAUUAUAACAUGACUGUACAAACGUUUGUGACGAAUGUCGUUAUGCUGGCAAUCGAGAAUGAGCUUAUGGUACAGAUCCCUGGCAUUUUCACAAUGGAUAAGGUAAUCCGGGAACUGGGCACCGCUGGCCAAAUAGAAUUAGUCAGAGAAUCUAGUCAGUCAAAGAUACAACGGGAGAAGUUGGCUUGCGAUCUCGAAAAUCUCAAAAGGGGUAAAGAGCUGUGCAACCAAUGGAUCAAGGAUAACAAGAACGCUCGCACAUGUUCAUUUGAAAUCCAGGAUUUGGCAGACUAA